UGUGCUGUGGCAGUGUGGGCGGGACCCCGGUGUGCGCUUUCCGCUGGUCGGUGUUUUUAUGCUCUGCCCCUCUCCGUUCCGGAAUAUGGCGGCGACAACCGGAGGAGUACGGAACAGAGGACAGGAACCGGUGUCCGUGCCCUACUGUGAAACUGGAGCUGCAAAGGAACUGAACACACAGAGUGGGAUGAUCCAUGACAGACAACAAAAUAAUCAGAAUCCACCUCACCUAAAGUACUUGGUCCCACAGACUCAACCUGUCACCAGCCACAAGUCACCUGUGCAGUCAUCUUGUGUCAUUCCAGUCCCCAAACGCAGGUUGGACGAAGCAAUUGCUGCAGCUGCAUUUAACACAGCCUGUGCUCCAGUCCUUUUGUGCCAGGAGCAUGAGAACAUCCUGUCAGAGUGUCAAGGAGAACAAUACAAUGAUAUCACUACCAUGUCAUCCAGUUGCAGCAGCACCAACAGCUGUGACCUCUACAUAGACGUUUCUGAUCCUUCCACUCCAUCACCUCCUCUGCAUCCUGCUCCUUCCUCUGCCCUCUCUGAUGUUGGCAUUGAUGAUUAUGAUACAACAUAUUUUCUGUUUGGAGAUCCUGUACCCAGAAAGAGAAAGAAUUCAGGCCGCCUUAUGUAUCGCUGCCUUUGGAAGAAUUGUGGAAAAGUCCUCAGCACAUCUAGCGCUAUUCAAAAGCACAUUCGAGAAGCACACUUAGGGCGGCACUCUGAGCAGGAACACAGUGAUGGAGAAGAGGAUUUUUAUUUUACAGAGAUGGACGUGAACGUGGACACACUGACAGAUGGACUCUCCAGCCUGACUCCCACCUCCCCUACCACUGCUGUCCCUCCUGUCUUCCCCUGUGCAGGCUCUUUUAGGGUUGCAAAUAGUACAGAGUUUCCUACUGUAUCCCCACUUAGCCUCUCUGCUCCUAGCAUGAUGUGCCAUGUACACACCGACCAUGCCUAUCAGGCGAUGUCCCCGGUCGGUGUGUCCACCACUAAAUUCAGCUUCUCAUGGCUCCCACCAUCAAUGCUUAUCAAGGCCCCACCAGUCCGUCCCCCACUUGUGACCACAGUUAGCAACCUUAAACCAAGCUCUGGAACUCGAAAGCCUCGUGGAGAAGCCAAGAAGUGUCGCAAGGUGUAUGGGAUGGAGCGACGCGAUAUGUGGUGCACCGCCUGUCGCUGGAAGAAAGCAUGUCAAAGAUUCAUAGACUGAAGGCUUUUGGGUUACAGGCGUUUCAUUGUUAGUGUUUUAUGGACAAGCCGCAUCUGUGGAGUGGAUUACUCCACUGAAAAUUUUAUAAAUGGAUGUUUUUACACUCUUUUUGUAUGGUCACAGUCCAGCACUAUUCGUGUGUGUGGGCUGUACACAGUGUAGUUGACUAUGGGUGUAGGGAUUUUCUUAGGUCCCUCACUGUGUAAAUUCAGGGUUAAAAUUAUUUUUUUAUGAUGCGCUGUAAAGAAGAGGAUGGAGGAGGUGUUUUGUUUUUAUUAAUAUUUUUUUGCACAUUGCUUUUGCACUUUGCUGAUGUCCUAAGCUAUUUCACCCCCCCCCCCCCCUCCUUUCCCUGGGUGUUACAGUGGCUUUUUAACGUAAUAACCCUGUAUUAAUACUGUGCCUAAAGCACUUAAUUAAUCUGUACAUACCGGCAAAUUUAUGAUUGAACACCACCUCUAGAAGUAGCAUUAUUUUGUGAGUGCAUAAUAAGAACACAUGCCAAUUUUGCAUUUUUUAAGCACGUGUGUGGGUACUCAACAUAAAGUCCUCUUUUAGAUUAUUCUAAAGAAAAUUACUUAAGGAGGUAGAAGAAUUUAGACUGCACUUCAGGAUCUUCUGCCUUUAGAAUUGCAUUGGAAUUAUAGCAUUAUUUCAAGACAGUGCAUGGAGCUCAUUUAUGACUGUCAUAAUCUUAAAAAAAGCACCUUAAAUAGGGCAAUAAUACAGCUCAAUCUAGAGGUGUUCAUGUUUAUGUUUCGUUUGCAUUUGACCAUGUUACUAAUAACCUGGGGGUUCUCUGUAACUUUGCACAACCAGAAGAAAGAAUCCGCUGGGAUUUUAAGAAACUUUGAUAACUUUUCUAUUA